AUGGUAAUUUGCGCCGAGGAAGUGGAGAAGGCUCGGCAAAGGUUCGCUGGCAGGAUUCAUCGGACGCCGGUCAUCACGUGUCAGAGCAUCGACAAUGUUGCUGGUAUGGCAUGCUACUCAGAGUCGCUUGAUAAGCAUUCAUUUUUGGGUAGCCUGACAUUGAAGUCCGAUCCUUGA